CCGCGCCCAUGCUAAGGCACACACCCCCCUGCCCGCACAUGCCCCUGCCUGACAUCCUCAGGGCCACCAAUGGGUGGGCGCAGGGGCGGAGGGUGGGGGCAGGCAGAUGGAGUGACGUGUACCUGGGGGAAUGGGCGGAGGAUGGGGAUGGGGGGAAGCAUGGGGGGCAUGAUGCGGAGGAAGCAGGAGAGAAGAAGCACGAAGAGGGAGAGGUGGCGGAAGGUUCACAGCGGAAGGGGAGCGACAAGUGGGAGAGGGCGCAGGGGAAGCAGUUUUUAAGGGCACGGAUGGGGAAGGGGGGGAGGCGGGGGGAGAAGUGGGCAGUGAAGCGCAUGAGGGUGGGGGCGCAUUGGGCAGAGAGGGCGGCGUUUGAGCGCCAUGUGGGGGGGCUGGCGCGCCUAGCGCACCCCAACGUGCUGCCCCUCGUGGGGUGGUGCUGCUGGCAGGGCGCAAAGGGGGGCGAGGCAUUGGAGGAGGGGAAGGGGAGGGACGUAGGUGCGGAAUGGGGGGGAAGGGAGGCACGGGUAAGGGAGCAGUGGAGAGGUGGGGGAGAGGGUGGCGCGCAGGAGGGGGAGACGCAGGAGAAGGGGGAGCAAGAGCAGGAGAGGGGGAAGGAGGCAAGGGAGGAGAAGGAAAGGGAGAAGCAGGAAGGGGGGAGUGAGCAGGUGUUGGUGUACGAGUGGAUGGAGCGGGGCAGCUUGCAGGCAGCACUGCAGUCAGGCACCAUGUGCUUGUCGCUGCAGCAGCGGGUGGGCAUGGCAGUGGGCGUGGUGAGGGCGCUGAGGGCGGUGCAGAGCCACGGGCAGGUGCAUGGCGACCUCAAGCCCUCCAACGUGCUGCUCGGGGCGGCCUUUGAGCCGCGUGUGGGCGACUGGAGUGGGGUGCGCAUGGGGCAGCGCGUACACGUGGACAUGGGCAGGGGUCUGGGAAGGCACCAGGAAGGUUCCUCGCCAAGCGGGGGCGGGGAAGAGAGAGACAGUGAGGGGAGGAGCAAGGGUGGCAGCAGCAGUGACAAGGGAAGCAGCAGUGGCAAGGGUAGCAGCAGUGGCAAGAGUGGCAGUAGUGGCUUUUUGUGGGGGACAGGUAGGAGUGGCAGCAGGAGCAGCAGCAGCAGCGGGGGAGGGCAGCAGGCGUGUGUGCUGCGGUGCACGGAGGGGCAUGUGGACCCGGCCGUGCUGCACACCGGCAUUGCCACCCCCACCAGUGACAUGUACAGUGUGGGCGUGCUGCUGCUACAGCUGCUCACAGGGUGGGCAGGUCCCUUGCGGCACGUGGAUGGGCAGCGCACCCACAUCUAUGACUGGGUGCGUGGGGCUCUGCUGAUCAGAGGAUGCAUGCUCACACCUCUGCACCUAAUGCUCACACCUCGGCACCUCAUGCUCACACCUCGGCACCUCAUGCUCACACCUCGGCACCUCGUGCUCACACCUCGGCACCUCGUGCUCACACCUCGGCACCUCGUGCUCACACCUCGGCACCUCGUGCUCACACCUCGGCACCUCGUGCUCACACCUCGGCACCUCAUGCUCACACCUCGGCACCUCGUGCUCACACCUCGGCACCUCGUGCUCACACCUCGGCACCUCGUGCUCACACCUCGGCACCUCAUGCUCACACCUCGGCACCUCGUGCUCACACCUCGGCACCUCGUGCUCACACCUCGGCACCUCGUGCUCACACCUCGGCACCUCAUGCUCACACCUCGGCACCUCGUGCUCACACCUCGGCACCUCGUGCUCACACCUCGGCACCUCAUGCUCACACCUCGGCACCUCGUGCUCACACCUCGGCACCUCGUGCUCACACCUCGGCACCUCGUGCUCACACCUCGGCACCUCGUGCUCACACCUCGGCACCUCGUGCUCACACCUCGGCACCUCAUGCUCACACCUCGGCACCUCGUGCUCACACCUCGGCACCUCGUGCUCACACCUCGGCACCUCGUGCUCACACCUCGGCACCUCCUCGGCACCUCGUGCUCACACCUCGUGCUCACACCUCGGCACCUCGUGCUCACACCUCGGCACCUCGUGCUCACACCUCGGCACCUCGUGCUCACACCUCGGCACCUCGUGCUCACACCUCGGCACCUCGUGCUCACACCUCGGCACCUCGUGCUCACACCUCGGCACCUCGUGCUCACACCUCGGCACCUCGUGCUCACACCUCGGCACCUCGUGCUCACACCUCGGCACCUCGUGCUCACACCUCGGCACCUCGUGCUCACACCUCGGCACCUCGUGCUCACACCUCGGCACCUCGUGCUCACACCUCGGCACCUCAUGCUCACACCUCGGCACCUCGUGCUCACACCUCGGCACCUCGUGCUCACACCUCGGCACCUCCCUACCUACUUCUCGUCCCCUCCCCUUGCCCACCUACUUCUCGUCCCCUCCCCUUGCCCACCUACUUCUCGUCCCCUCCCCUUGCCCACCUACUUCUCUUCCUCUCCCCUUGCCCACCUACUUCUCGUCCCCUCCCCUUGCCCACCUACUUCUCGUCCCCUCCCCUUGCCCACCUACUUCUCGUCCCCUCCCCUUGCCCACCUACUUCUCUUCCUCUCCCCUUGCCCACCUACUUCUCGUCCCCUCCCCUUGCCCACCUACUUCUCGUCCCCUCCCCUUGCCCACCUACUUCUCGUCCCCUCCCCUUGCCCACCUACUUCUCUUCCUCUCCCCUUGCCCACCUACUUCUCGUCCCCUCCCCUUGCCCACCUACUUCUCGUCCCCUCCCCUUGCCCACCUACUUCUCUUCCCCUCCCCUUGCCCCCCUACUUCUCGUCCUCUCCCCUUGCCCACCUACUUCUCUUCCCCUCCCCUUUCCCAGUUUCCCCUCUUUUUCUUCCCAAAUCCCUCUUCCCCCUCCCCCACCCUGCUCACCCGCAGGCCCAGCAGCACCUAGCAGCUGGUGACGUCUCUCCUCUCCUCGAUCCCCUGUUGCCUCACCCCCCACCCCCUCCCGCCCUCCUCCUCCCCCUCUUCCGCCUCGCCCUCGCCUGCUCCUCCCCCUCCCCAUCCUCCCGCCCCACCCCCUCCUCUGCCCUCGCCACUCUCAAGCCCCUCCGCUCCUCCCUGCUUCGCUGGGGACGAGCAGCAGGCAGGGAGGGUGGAGAAAGUGGGGGACGGAAAGAGGGGGAGGGGUGGGGAAUGGGAGAGGUUGAGGGGGAAAGUACAGGGGGGGGAAGAGUGGGGAGUGCUGGGGGGAGGGGGGAGUGGGGCGGUGGCAGUGCGUUGGGUGCAAGGCUGGCUAUGCUCGGUUCAGAGGAUAGUAGGGAGUAUGUGGUGUAG